UCUUGUUUACGCACACACGUGUGAUAGAUAAACGUUAAAUGUCUCGGUAAUAUUUUUUUUCUCAAACACGCGGACAUCUCCAUAAUAUUUUUUAUGUAGACAAUGGCAAAGAAAAAGCACCUCUACGUAAAGCCGAUAACAUGAAGCUCUCGACUUGUCAAAGUUAAAAAAAAAAUAGAAAUAAGGUUGGGGUAGCGAGACAUGUCGCGACACGACGGUCAAGACGCUCAGACCCUAGAUCAGCGCUUCGAGGAAAUUCUGAUCAAUUUGAAGCCUUAUCUUUUGAGUUUGUCGGCUUCGAAGAACUCGAAGCUUUGCAGACUCUGGCUAGAACGGCUGAAUCGUGCACAUGAUCAGCGUAACCUCAGGAACGACUAUCUCUUGGAGCUUUACAAGCAAUUGAAAAAUCGUUGCUUCAAGAGCCCGUUCAAUGAACCACCCCUUGGUGGUAGACUCAUACCUAUCUCAAGUUGUCAUCGAUUGGUUACGAGUUCAUCCUGUAACGAGCUGACGGAAACGAGCUUAUUGCCGUGCGAACAAAAGCGCGCUUGGCCAAAGCCGAGAUCGAAGAGUCUACGUAGGGAUACUGCCCGGUGUAGAAACAAGACCCCUACUCGCCACUUCGAUGUUCACUCCAGCAGUAGUCCAAAUCGUAUCUCCCACGCGGAGAACAGUGCUGUUCUAUCGCCGGCUGUUCAUUUUUACGAGCAACCUGAUAGCAGCAGAAAUUCGUUGCGACCGUACCGCGAGAAGAUAGAGAAGCUGAGUAGCGUAGUGCAAGAUCUGGAGACUCAGAACGAGAAGUUGAAGCAGAAGUUGACUUACUACCACAAUGCUCUGGCGUCGGACGAGGUGCCGCACUUGCGCGCACGUAUCAGUCAAUUGAUGGCGGAAAUUGCGAACUUGAAGAGCAAGUUGAAUGAGGUACAGAAAAUAAAGGCCGUUCUGCUGGAGCGCCACGAAGGGAUAGUCGAACAGUACAAGAAGAAAUUGACCGAGCAAUUCAACAAGAUGAAGAGUCAGCUGGAAAGCGCGCACAUCGUGAAUGAAGCACUGAACAAAAAAAUCGCUGCGUUUGAGCAGAAGCUUCGAGAGUCGAGUCAGCAGAACUAUGUACAAUCGAGUAGCAAAGAAUGGGAACAAAAGAUAGAGAAUUUGAAGGACGAGUACGAAAAGAUUUUACAGGAGAAGGAUGAGGAGAUCAAAAAGAAAGGCGAGAUAGUGCAGCAGAAGGAAUCUGAGCUAUCUCAGAAGCUCAGCGAAAUCAGUUCUCUCAGCCGAAAGAUAACGGAUCUUGAGCGAUCGGUCGUUUCGAAAUCGCAAGAUGAUGGACAGUCGCAAUUAGCUGAGCAGUACAAAUCUGUAAAGGAAGAGAUGUCCGCUAUGAUAAAGCACAUGGAAAGUGCCGCGCGAAAACAGAAUGAAAGUCACCAGCAAGAGAUGUUGGCUUUGAAAAAGAACUUUCAGAAGCUCGAAAAAUUAACGCACAAACUUACGGCGAGAGUAUGAGAAGAAAAUUUAUCAUUUCGUCAAAGAAAAGCAGAGAGCCAUAGUUACUUCGCAAAUGUGGCUACAAGAGAAAUACUGUAAUCCAGCCGUAAUAGCGUUUUUGAAAAAAAACUGUAAAAUUGGUGGUCCCGAUGAGCUUUUCGAAAUUAAGUACAAGGAACUCCUAAAUUUCGUUGAAUCUUUAGCGGAUAAUCAGCGAUGUGAAUAUUUCAAAGUUGGUUUUCUGUUCGAUUUCAGUAAAAGGAACGCAUGUUAAAUCAUCGACUAUUGCAUGCGUUUUUAUUUUUACAGAAACUGGCAUUUUUGGAACGUCUAAUGAGCCGGUUACAAAAUGGAUAAUAUAUAAUUUAUAUACACUUUUACUUAAUUAGAGUUAAGAUAAAAUCAAAUUUGAUAAUUUCGAGACAAUGUAUUGUACUAUACUUUUUAUUCUAUCUUUAUUAAACUAACUUGAGCAAAAAAACUGUA